AUGACCCGCGUCGUUAUCAUCGGAGGCGGAGCGGCCGGCAUCAACACGGCGCAAGCUCUGGCCAAGAACCUCACGGAGGCGGACGACACCGAGGUCGUCGUCCUCGAGAAGAACUCCUUCUUCUACCACGUCGUCGGCGCCCCGCGUGCCUACGUGGACGCCGACUACACCGACAAGAUGUUCAUCCCGUACGACAACGCCAUCCCCAAACACUCCGCCAAGUUCGUGCGCAUCGUGCGCGGCGUGGCCACGCGCAUCUCGGCCGAGACGAACCAGGUGUCGUACCACGCGAUCGGCAGCGACGACCGGCAGAGCGAGGCGACGGAGACGCUGCAGUUCGACUACCUGGUGCUGGCCACGGGCAGCUCGUACUCGGUGCCGAUCAAGCCGGACAGUCGAGAGUUCGCUAGGUCGGCCACGGAGGCCAAGCUGCAGGAGGUGCGCGGCCACAUCGAGAAGGCGAAGAAUGUCCUGGUGGUGGGCGGAGGGGCCGUGGGCUGCGAGGUGGCCGCGGAGAUCAAGGCCAAGUAUCCAAUCAAGUCCGUGACGAUCGUCGACGCCAACGACAAGCUCAUUGCUGGCAACAAUCUGCGCGACAAGUUCUACUCGUACUUGAGUGCGUCGCUGGACAAGCUGGGGGUGAAGGUGAUCUUGGGCGAGCGUCUGACGGAGCGUCUGAGCGGCAAUAGCUUUGAGAAGCGCACGCUGCGCACCGACAAGGGCACGGAGAUUGAGUCGGACAUCCAACUCCUGUGUGGUGGGUUUAGUCCCGUUGCGACGCUGGUUCAUGAGAUGGAUGCGAGUCUUGUGGACAAACGUGGAGCUGUGAAGGUGAACGGCCAGUUGCAGCUGGAGGGCGACAAGUACGCUCACAUGUUCGCGCUGGGCGAUGUAUGCAACCACCCAGCGCCCAAGAUGGCGCUCGUUGCUGGCGAGCAGGGCAAGUUCCUUGCUGCAGAACUGGCAACCGUGAUUCGCAAGAAGCAAGUAGGUUUUACGAAGCCAUUCGAGGAGCCGCCAGUUGCCGCGAUGAUCUUGCCCCUGGGUCCGUGCGGAGGCGUAUCACAGCUGCCCGUGUGGGGAGGUGUCGUGUUCGGGGACUGGGUCACCUGGAUGAUCAAGUCGAGAGACUACUUCGCUGGGUACAUCUGGUCCAGCAUCGGUGCGACCGUCCCGAAGUAA